AUGGAAUCAAAAAAGCCGAACAUCCCACCGUUAAAGAUCGUCAAGUCGAAUUCGAAUAUAGUCGUGUCGCACACGACCUCGGAACACGAAUCUCGACUCCCCCCGGCUCGUUUCUAUUCGAGUCACGGCCACUCUGAAAUGACACCACCUGUGACCCCGCUGGGAGCGACAGAACACACCAUGGAACAAAAACAACCAGAACAACAACAACCAGAACCGCAAGACGCCCCGAGGGCCGUCUUUCACAACUACCUUCGCGCAUUUUAUCCUUUUCAUCCGGCCGGCAAUGUUUCACCAUCGACGGUCACUCUUCCUUUGGAGCAGGGAGACAUCAUCCUGGUCCACUCCGUUCACACCAAUGGCUGGGCCGAUGGUACCUUGUUAGAUUCUGGGAAUCGCGGCUGGUUGCCGACGAACUAUUGCGAAGCAUACGACCAAUUGCCAAUGCGCCCUUUGCUGAAAGCCUUGACUGAUUUCUGGGAUAUCAUUCGAGGAGGAUGCGGGUCAUCAUUGAAAGAUUUUGGAAACCAAGAUUUGAUGAGAGGCCCGAUUGCUGGCGUUCGGUUCCUUUUGGAGAAGUCAGAAUGCUUGACUCGGGAAUCAUCUUUGGUUCGGAAGUAUGACGGGCUCCGCAGGAUUCGGAAGGCUUUGCUCUCUGAUCUUUCGUCGCUUGUCAAGACUGCGAAGAGGUUCCAAGAUAUUGCUAAUGGAGACCCGGAGGAGGAUGAGGUCGAAUCCAUUCUGGAUGAGAUGUUGCUGAAGGCUUUCAAGAUCGUGACUCGGGGAGUUAGAUUCCUCGACGUUUGGAAUGAAGAGGUCGGUCUGAACAGGACUAUCGCCGAGCUGGAAGGUGCGAACGAUAGCCGUAGCCAGUACAAUAUGCCGCCAACACCAGCCUCGGAGAGCUUCAACAUCGCUGACUCCGAGACUUACCCCGAGCGAAACGAAUCCCGCCAGAUGAGCCGCAGUCGUAUGGAUAUGAGCCGUGCGUCAGUGCGGACCGAGAUGCUCGACUACAACCCUCGGCCUGUCUCAGUAUCAACAAAACGGAUUUCUGUGUCUCACAGGAUAUCCUAUUCUGGCCCCUCAUCUGCUGUUCGUGCGCAAAAUUUGGCCUCGGAGCGCUUGGGCACGUCCUAUGACGCCUUCCUCGGUGUGCUUGGAUCCUUUAUCGGGCUUCACAUGCAAUCGCGCUCCUCUACCGAGUUGGUCGUUACUACUCAACAGGCCGUUGAAUCCUGUCGCGCUUUGUUGAACGUCGUCGAGACUGUCUGCGAGCACGACAGUCAGCGGGCCCUGUUUCUGGAGGAAGCACGCGGGGCAAUGUGUGAGAAGCUCUCGGAGCUUGUCCACGCCGCACGCGACGUCUUUCGCCCGGCCAGCGGCCAAGACGACGACCUCAUCUUCAUGCCCGACGAGGGCAAGCGCCUCGUCGACGCUGCGACCGACUGCGUGCGCGCUGCCGGUGCCUGUCUUGCCAAAGCUCGCUUGGUGUUGGAGCAAAUUGGCGACAUCGAGCUCGACCCUGUUGAGGAAUCGGUGAACGAAAAACUGCCUGGCAUUGUGGCCUCGCAGGAGCCAUCCGACACUCCAAGUGAACAGGAGAAGCCGCAAGAGCUCUCACUUCGCCUGCCCCCGCCGCCUAUUCAGAUUCCAAAUUCGACCUACUCACCUUCCACCCCUGCCCUCACCGACGCUACGACACCCUCUUCUUUCCAAUCGCACCUCACUUCCUCGACCCGCCAAUCUGCUCUCUCUUCUCUUCCCAACUCUGCGAUCCUCCCCACCCACCUUGAAAGCAUGUCCUUCUCUUCCUACGACAGCGGUUACCGUGAGAGCCACCCCAAGUCGGACGUGAGUGAGUCCUUCGGUCGAGGUGUCACAAGCACGGGUAGCAGCUUCACGUACAACAGCCACGCUCGCGACUCCGAGAUGAGCGGCGUCUCUCGCACUUCCACCCGAGCCACCUCCCCUGAAAUUGGCGGCAGCUUCAACCAGCCGUCAUUGAAGGAGAGCUUGAGUCACUCAACUCUGGCUGAGGAGAAUGAGGAGACUGAAGCUCACCUCUUAGAGAAGACUUAUGCACAUGAGUUGAUCUAUAAAGAGGGCCAGGUCAUGGGUGGUAGUCUCCGAGCUUUGAUCGAGAAGCUCACAGCUCACCAAUCCACUCCCGACGCGAUGUUUGUCUCAACCUUCUAUCUCACCUUCCGUCUGUUCGCGACACCCCUGGAGUUUGCCCAGGCUCUGGCUGAACGCUUCGAGUACAUCGGUGAUACCCCUCACGCCGCGGGUCCAGUCCGCCUACGCGUUUACAACAUCUUCAAGGGCUGGCUUGAAUCUCACUGGCGCCACGACCGGGACAAUGAUGCUCUGGACUACGUCGUGAAUUUUGCCAAGACACGCCUGGUUACCGAGCUCCCUACCGCUGGCAAGCGUCUCGCCGAUCUGGCCGAGAAGGUCUCCGCCGUCCACGGCCCGGUCGUGCCUCGUCUGGUCUCCUCCAUGGGCAAGACAAACACGGCUAUAGCCCAAUACGUCCACCCCGAUACUCCUCUUCCCGCUCCCAUUAUUGGCAAGAAGGAAGCCAAUCUGUUGAAGCAAUGGAAGACUGGCGACGCCGCGAUUACCAUUCUCGACUUCGACCCGCUGGAGCUGGCUCGUCAGUUGACCAUCAAGGAGUCUCGUAUCUUCUGCUCCAUCCUUCCCGAGGAACUCCUCGAUACGGAAUGGAUGCGCAAGUCGGGCUCGCUGGCGGUCAACGUUCGUGCCAUGUCGACACUCUCGACUGAUCUGGCCCACUUGGUCGCUGACUCUAUCCUCUACCUCGAGGAGCCCAAGAAGCGUGCGGCUACCAUCAAGCACUGGGUCAAGAUCGCGAACAAGUGUCUCGAGCUGAACAACUACGACUCGCUCAUGGCUAUCAUCUGCUCUUUGAACUUGUCAAUGAUCUCUCGUCUCAAGCGGACUUGGGAUAUCGUGUCCCAGAAGACCAAGACAUCCUUGGAACAUCUUCGAACCAUCGUCGAUGUUUCUCGGAACUACGCGGUGCUGCGCCAGCGUCUGCAGAACCAUGUGCCACCGUGUCUUCCGUUCGUCGGGACUUAUCUCACUGAUCUGACCUUUGUCGACCACGGCAACCAGUCUCUCCGCACCCUACCAACGGACGAGGGUGAGAUGGCCGUGAUCAACUUCGACAAGCACAUGAAAACUGCCCGUAUCAUCAGCGAGCUCCAGCGCUUCCAGAUCCCUUACCGCUUGACUGAGGUUCCCGAGUUGCAGACGUGGAUGCAGAACGAGCUUAUUCGCGUCCGCUCAAACGGCGAGACCACCGCUCAGACCUUCUACCGCCGGUCCUUGGUGUUGGAGCCCCGCGAGCCCUCGCGCAGUGGCACCAACCUGCAGUCCCAGGCCCCAGCUCAGUCCCAAUCCCAAACUGAGUCCAACCCCUCUACCAUCCUUGAAAACGCCAAGGACAAGUUCGACUUCCUCUCCUGGACCUACCCAUCCAAGCCCAAGUCUGUUGCGACCCACGGCUAA